UGUAAACUGAUCAAGGAACAACAUUUUUUGAGAUGGUUUCUUGUUUAAUUUUAUUUUCUUUCUACACAAAUACCAUACCUAUUACAUAAGUAUUUGAUUUUAUAUUAUUCCAAUUUAAAUAAACUUGAAUUGGAAACUGCAGUUAUUUUUUAUCUUUCCAAACAAUGAUGGAUAGGUUGUUAUGCACUGUGCAUAAACAAUGAUGGUAUAAUGUAACUGUCAUUUUAUUAUUAUAAUAGUGACAGUAAAAUUUUCUAUGUUGUGUAACUGUUGUAUAAUAAUUGAAUAGUAAUUAUUGGUAGUUUAUUUUAUAAACGUGGUGUAAGAAUGACUAUUAGUCCCAUUCAUGCAACACUUUUUGUAAUGAGCAUACUAUUUGUCUUCACAAGUGAAUAUAAAGAGAUAAAGCCUUUUAUCAAUGAAAAAAUGUGCAAUAAAAGUGAAUUUUUCCAUGUAGAAUCAUUGAGCUGCAUCCAUUGUGAGAGUCAAAAACAUUUGAAACCAUCUGAAGACCGUCUGUCUUGCGUCUGUGACCAAUCCAGUAAAAUUGUGAAGAAUGAGUUCAGUGAUUAUCCGACGUGCACACCUUGUGCCAGAGGAGAGGUGCCCACAACUGAUAGAAAAUCAUGCAUUCCUUGCACAGACUUGUCUGAAAUUCAAAAUCAGAACGCAAUUUCAGCAUUAUCGAGAGUGAUUUGUGACAAAUGUUCAAAAUCUGAGAUCACAGGACGCUUAGCCAACGUCUUGUUGAGAGUCUUGCGAGAAGCUCAACGAUCCAACCAAAGUCUGAUUUCUGCCUUCUUUGGUCAGGCUGCGAAGAAACGCAGAACCGAUCAGGAAGAGAGGAUUGCUGUAGAUGCUACCGAGCCCGCUACUGAUUCUCCAUCGUUUGCAGAUGAUACAGUCGAACCUCAUCAGAUGAAGAAAAGAGCAGCUUGUCAAGCAAUAGCGAAUAUGUGUGUUCUGCUGCUGUACCAAGAUGAGCAGAGGUCAGGACCAUGUCACAUGAUGAGAGACUCCAAGCCGACAUCUGACAAGGAUGCCUACCCCUGGCUGUAUUAUGGCGAAGGGGAGGCUCCCACAGUACUAGCCCGCAAAAAAGUCUUAUCAAAGUAUAGUUUGGAUAACACAUCAACUAGAAGCAGACUCCAUUUCACAGUUACUCAGUGGUCAAUGAACGGAACUUGGUUGGGGCUGAUAAAUGCAACCAUUGGCCAUUUUUGCAUCUGCAAUGACAACGAUAUGCAGACUGAUGCUGCGUUCAGAUUUGGAGUCCUUUAUAGUUACACGUGUGUGAUCACUGCCAAAGAACUGUUGAAACGAGAUUCGAUAUUCUAUGAACCACAUCUGCUUACCGACAACCAACUCUAUGCCGUGCCUGUGCUCAUAAGAAACUUGAAACAGGGAAACAAGUAUCCUAAUAAGUUUUCAGAUAAGUCACAAUGGCAGCUUGUGAGACGUUAUUUUCUAGUGGACAGAGUUGGUGGGCUUCCUUUCAAAGACAAGGACCAUAGAAGGAACCAAAAUGGUUACCCAAAAGCAAUACGAUUUUUGAAACACUCCAUGUUGAGUGUUAAAGUGCAAGAUGAUCCAGAUGGUUUGAUAUAUCCUCCUCUACUUGAAUUGGAGUACAGCGUUCUGACAUAUGAAGAAAUUGAGGCGAACAUACCCAUUGAAGUGACUUUCAGUGUCAAAUUCUACAUGGACAAUAAUAUUGCUCAUUAUAUUGAGGUGCGUAUGCAGUUGUGUUGUCUUAAAGAAAAAUUGAAUAAUUUAUUAUCAUUGAUUGAAGUGAUAAGGCUGAUUUGGUACCAGAUCUGCGUUGACAUAUUCCUAGUGGACUGGGAGCGGCCGAAGCCGACGCAUCAGGAUGGCAACGGAGCGGCGGCAGUGAGCAUAUGGCGCACCUACUUUGUCGCCAAUGAGUGGAACGAAAUACAAACCCGGCGCAAGACCAGUGUUGCCUUUCAGCUCAUAUCCACCGUAUUCCUCAUGAAGGUUUGUGAUGUAGAAGAAUGGUCGAGAGCCGGUCCAGAUCUUUUCCUUCCGCACAAUCCGUAUUCUCCUCUAUUGAGGUUCAGCAUCACUCUUCUAAUCUAUGUUACUAUCUACAUUUCACAAUGGCUUUUCAUGAUGGGUGUAUAUGAGAGAUACGUUAAAAAUGCAAUCCAGGAAUUCGUGGAUGUUUGCUCGAUCGCGAACAUUAGCGUCUUUGUCCUUGCUCUGGAAAACUUCGGAUAUUAUAUUCAUGGAAGAUCAGCUCAUGGGUUCGCUGACACGGACAUGAAAACUAUAAUGACUCAGCUCCAAAGAGAGGAGCAAGAUCUAGUGGGACACAGAGGUCUGCUACCUGCUUCCGAUCAGCAAACAUUCCAGAUAUCGAUUCCUUCCCAGCUCAGAGAGUACUAUCGACGAGUGAUGGCAUCAAUAUCGACUGAGAAUCAAGCUGGAAGGAAGAGCUCUGGUCUACUCGCUGCUGGAUUAAAAAAUAAAAUGUCAUCAGGAAACAUUGAUUUAGAAAGAAGCAGUCAGGCUUACCAGAGCAUGAAUAAGUUCCUCGCUGCAUUUCUCGAGCAUGCUCUCAAGGAUUUGGACUACGAAGUAAGAGAGAAAUUAUUUGUUGAAUCUUUACUUGACAUGGAGUUCACAGAUUCACACGAUCGUGGAGUUUUCUACUGUGAUAACGGCAACUCAUUUGACAACGUACUAUUCUACGGCAACGAAGCAACUCUGGUUUCUUUUGACUUGAUAACUUUCUGCUUCGUGGAGGUGCUAUCACAAAAUUAUUUACUGGCAGCCAUUGUCACUGGAGCAAGUGCAGCGAUACUGGCUCUGGUUCGCAAAAUAGGAGGCAAGAAAAAUUUGGCCAAGAAAACAUUGAUAGAUGAACGUUUCUUGAUAUGAAAAUAUUAUAAUAUGGAGAUAGCGUUAUUGUGAUUAUUAAAAUAUUGCAUCAAUA